AUGGCACUCUUCUCCCCAGCUUUGUACUUCUCACAUUCUACAUCGAUGAUCCUCUUCAGGGUUACAGAUGGGCUCGCGCGUUCUAUGACUGGCACUUUUAAUGAAGAAGAAGCCAUUGAUAGAACGCUUUUUCGGAAGAUGAAGCUGAAAAGGGAAGCAGAGAGAAGUGGAAGAUCGGUAAAGAAAGACUUGAAAUUAUGGAGUGAAGGAUUGAAAAGCUUGGAAAGAUUUUCAGAAAAAGGUCAACAUGAACUGAGGAAUGUGAUAAAAUUCUGUUACGAUGAUCUGGAAGAUAUUCAAAGGAAAUGCUUACUAUAUGGUGUGUUAUAUCCUGAAGAAGAGGACAUUUACAUAGAUCGUUUGUUGGAGUGUUGGGAAGUUGAAAAUUUCCUUGGUAAUGGUGGUGAUCCAAGAAACGCAUAUAUGGACGAAAUUUAUAUAUUGAAAAUCCUUAAGGACAAGUCAUUACUCGAGGAACAUGAGAAUCCAAAAUAUGUUACGAUGCACAAAUGUAUCAGACAGAUACUCUUACAUAUCUUGUCAAAUGAUCCUAACAAUAAACUUUUGGUGCAACAAAUGCCCCCAGAUGCAAAAUGUUGGAGUGAAAAGGAAUGGAUCUCUUUGAUUGGUAAGUUUGACAAGUUACCAAAUCGCCCAAAUUGUGGCCGGCUCUCCACACUUUUCCUACAGAAAAAUUUGGCUUUGAAGAGUAUUCCUACAUCAUUCUUUAACCACAUGACAAGUCUCAAAGUUUUGGACUUGCUUCAUACAGGAAUUGAGUUAUUACCAUCAUCUCUAUCAAAAGUGAUCGAACUCAAAGUGCUCUAUCUAGACUAUUGCGAAUAUUUGAAGAAACUCCCUCAUAGCUUAGAAAAACUUGUACAUCUUGAAGUGCGUGAUAUCCGGGGCAGUGGGUUCAGUAAUAUACCAUCUUUUAUUGGAAUGUUGAACAGUCUAAGGCAUUUUCAAGUAUCCUUCGCCAAAUGCGAAAGUGAAAAUGAUACUAAAGAGGUGGAGUUUAAUUGCAAUGUGAUUUCCAACCUUUCUAGAUUGGAAGAAUUGAUCAUUGAUGUGAAAUCAGAGACACCAGUUGUAGAUGUCAUUGAGGUGGGUACUACUACUCCUUAUCUCCGAAUCAAUUUUCCUAAAGCAGACAUUCUUUACACUUACAUUGAGGAAACUCGCUCAUGGAGAAGCAUCCAAGACAUCCCGUCAUUUCAAUUUUUCAUUAAUUGCCCUAACUCAAUAGACCCUUGUAUUCCUAAACUUGAAGAAUAUGGAAGGUAUGUUAGAUAUUGCAAUGGUGAAGGCAUCAAUCAUCCUAUUUUUGAGGUCCUCGCAAAUGUUGAUGCAUUCGAUUUGGUGAACAAGAAGGACAUCAAGCAUCUGUCAGACUUGAGAAUUCCAAGCAUGAAAGAGGUAAAAGGUUGUCGAAUUGAAAGUUGUACUGCACUUGAAACAGUCGUGGAUAGUGUAAUAUUGCCCAACGUAAAGCAUUUAUACAUGAAGAAUUUACCAAGGUUGCAAAGCAUUUGGAAUGACCAAGUGGAUUCGGCUACUCUAACCAAACUGAAGACUUUGGUUUUGAGUAGCUGUCAAAUGUUGAGAAUUAUUUUUCCUCUAGUUGUGAUUCAACAUCUUCGUGAAAUUGAAUGUUUAAAGAUUGAAGACUGCCCAGAAAUUGUGGAAGUGGUUGAGCAAUCUACAACCGCUGGAAAUCAGGAACUUCUGCCAAAACUGAGAAAAGUAGUACUUUGUGGCCUGCCAAAGUUGGGAAGUAUUUGCGCAGAUAAUUCAUUGAAGUGGCCAGCCUUGGAGAAACUUAAGAUUCGUAACUGUCCAGCCUUGAUCAAACUACCAUUUGGCAAAGAUGACGCAGAGAAUCUGAAACUUAUCCAAGUAGAACAGGAACUUAUCCAAGGAGAACAACAACUUAUCCAAGUAGAAAACUAG